AUGGGACAACUGUUCCGCGAUGCCCUUGUCCUGGAGUGCUGCCAGCUUUGCCCUUAUCGACAGGAACCCCUGUUUGCAGAGCAGCAGGCGGCCAUGGAAUUGCUUCACGUUCUUGGGAAUGUGGUCAGGGGUUUUUUUAGACCACCAAUAUUUAUCUGUGGUAAACGCCUGAUAAUCAAACAAAAGGGAGAACUGCCGCUGUGGGAGAGCCCGGCUGCGGCCGCUGCGGCCGUGGACGGAUCCGGUGUUUCUAUAGGUAAAAUUAUUGGCGCAGGUCUCCUGUUUGUGGGUGGAGGAGUAGGUGGCACUAUCUUAUACGCCAACUAUGACGCUCGUUUCCGGGAAAACGUGGAGAGGGCUGUUCCCUACUCCGAGAAGCUCUUUGAGAUGGCACUGGGUCCCGCGCCCCACAGCGUGACGACGCCGAAGAAGUCGAUACAGCAAGGCCCCCUGAAGAUCUCCUCUGUAGCAGAAGUAAUGAAGGAAUCUAAACAGCCCACUAGCAAACCCCCAAAGAGCAAAGCAGAGGCUGCUCCUUCGUUGGAGGAAAAGGAAGCAGGCACCACUGCAGCUCAGGUCAUCUCUGCCACAGGUGAAGCCGUGUCAGUGCCAGCUCCUGGGAUGCAGACUGAAGAAGGUAAAGAACAGGAAGAUUCCCAUGCCAUCAAGGAACGGUCACCAGAGGAAGUUGCAGCCCGGCUCGCCCAGCAAGACGAAGAGGAACAAGAGAAGAUAUCAGGUAAAUCCGUAUCAUUAAAUGACUCGCUGAGCAGCAGCGCGCGGGUGACGCUGCAGGCGGUGACGGCGCAGGAGCGCGCCGUGCAGGCCGUCAACGCGCACGCGCACACGCUCCGGGAGGCCAUGGACGACGCCGAGACCGCUGGAGAGAAAAAAUCCACGCAGUGGCGCACUCUGGAGGAAGCCCUGAAGGAUCGGAGAAGGGCUGUGGAUGAAGCUGCUGAUGCCCUCCUGAAAGCCAAAGAAGAGCUGGAGAAGACAAAAUGUGUCAUUGAGAAUGCCAAGAAGUCUCAAAUUGCAGGAGCAAAACCUCACAUAGUUGCUGCAGAGGAAAAUCUUCAUCAUAUGAUAGUCGACUUGGACAACGUAGUGAAAAAGGUUCAGGCAGCGCAGUCCGAGGCCAAGAUAGUAGCUCAAUAUCAUGAGCUUGUGGCUACAGCUAGAGAAGAAUUUCAGCGAGAACUUGAUAGCAUCACUCCAGAUGUGCAGCCUGGCUGGAAGGGGCUGAAGAUCACUGACCUAGCCGGGCAGCUGUCGCCGGACGACCUGAACUCGCUCAUCGCGCACGCGCACCGGCGCAUCGAGCAGCUCAACCGGGCGCUGGCGGAGCAGCGCGUGCUCUCUGAACAUAGGCUCUCUACCACAUGCCCUAAGCAGCCACUGCUGGGUAACAGGAUCUUAGUUUCUUGGCAAGCAGCUGAGAGAGGGCUGCAGUAACUGCUUCCUUGGGUACAGAUCGAGGAGGUCCGAGAGGUGAUGGAGAGCGAGAUGAGGACCCAGCUGCGGCGCCAGGCGGCCGCGCACACAGACCACCUGAGAGACGUCCUGAAGAUCCAGGAGCAGGAACUGAAGGUGGAAUUUGAGCAGAAUUUAUCAGAAAAACUCAGCGAACAAGAAAUGCAAUUCCGCCGCCUCACUCAGGAACAACUGGACAACUUCACCCUGGAUAUCAACACUGCCUACGCCAGGCUGAAGGGCAUCGAGCAAGCAGUGGAGAGCCACGCCAUUGCAGAGGAGGAGGCGAGGAAGGCCCACCAGCUGUGGCUGUCGGUGGAAGCCCUCAAGUACUGCAUGAAAACGGCGUCCGGGGACAGUCCCACGGAGCCGCUGGCGAGCGCCGUGGCGGGCCGCCAGGGCCGCCGCCUCCGCCAAGGCGUGCGCUUCCACGCCGUGCAGAGACUGGCCCGGCGCGUGGCCAUGAUCGACGAGACCAGGAACAGCCUCUACCAGUACUUCCUCUCCUACCUGCAGUCGCUGCUUGUGUUUCACCCGCAGCAGCUGAAGCCGCCUGCCGAGCUCAGCCCUGAUGACCUGGAUACCUUUAAGUUACUGUCUUACGCUUCCUACUGCAUCGAACACGGAGAUCUGGAGCUGGCAGCUAAAUUCGUCAACCAGUUAAGAGGGGAGUCGAGGAGAGUGGCGCACGACUGGCUGGCUGAGGCUCGGAUGACCCUAGAAACGAAACAAAUUGUGGAUAUCCUGACGGCCUACGCCAGCGCCAUGGGGCUGGGGACAACACAAGUGCAGUAG